AGACACAGACUGACUUUAACUGAUUCCCUGCCUGUCUCUUGAAUUGUGCUUUGUUUACGUAGGCAUUUCCUUCUUGCUUUGACUCACCUGCUCCAGUUUUAUAGCCACUUUUUUCAACCUUUUUCUUCUAAAAAGAAGUUGACUGGGAAGUGCUAGAAAGGUAUCCACUGUAACAGUUACCUGCAUUUCCUCUCCAACAAUAGCACCUGUUACUCUAAAGGUGGAACCCUCUUUGUUACAAGAUUAAUAGGUAGCAUCUAUCUCCUAUAUAAUGGAUGGUUUCUACAUGGUGGUGCCACACCCAUUUCAGUCUCUAGAUUUUCAUAGAUGCCCCUAGUUGGAUCAUAGAUAUGUGUCAGAAACUGGAUACAAGAUAGAAGCAUCUACUGCUGUUUCCAGUAUAGCAGAAGGAAGAAAGAGCUGAAUAUUCCAGGAACAGUAAAUGGUGGAAGAAUAUCCAAUUUCUGUGGAAAAAUCAGUCGACUUGUUUGUUUUAUUGACAUGCAUGAAAUGGCAGCAAUGAAGACACCUGGUGUUCCAGGUGAGGAAAUGAUCACCUGGUUUUCUUCUGCACUGACAAACAGGACUGAUUUUACUUACUUGAAAGAAUACGUGAUAUUUGUGAUCAAUCCUUUGUGGCUACUUGUGCCUUUGAUAUUGUUAUAUUCAAUAUAUUCAUUUAUGUAUAUUUUUGGCUGUUUCGGCUCAUUUAUAAUUUAUGUUUACAAGAAGAAGACCAACCUACCAGAAGACACUUACAGCGAACCUUGGAACAAAGUAAGACAAGCUAUUUCACAAGUUGUGAGUGCAGGUGGGAAAAUAUUACAUGGCUAUGAGGUUAUUGGCAUGGAACAUAUACCUGAAGGACCAGGGAUUAUUACUUUUUACCAUGGAGCUAUUGUUUUUGAUUAUGCCUUUCUUGUAGCUAACAUUUUUGCAGAAAAGGGGAGAGUAUGCCAUUCUCUAGUUGACCAUACUAUGGUCAAAUUACCAGGAUUGAAAUUGGCCCUUGAUGCAAUCCAUUGUAAAAAUUACACCAAAGCAGAAUGCUUGGAAAUCCUGAAGAAAGGCAAUUUAUUGGGACUUGCACCUGGUGGACUUAGAGAGGGAAAUUUUAGCGAUCAGUAUUAUAAUCUGAUGUGGGGUAACCGUACCGGUUUUGCUCAACUGGCUUUAGAUGCUAAAGUGCCAAUAAUCCCUAUGUUUACCCAAAACCUUCGUGAAGGAUACAGAUCAACUGGAAAAACAUGGUUGUCAAGAUGGUUGUAUGAACAUACUCGAUUCCUAGUCCUUCCCACAUAUGGAGGGUUUCCAGUGAAAUUUCGCACAUAUAUUGGAGAACCUAUCCCAUAUGAUCCAAAUAUAACAGCUAAGGAACUGGCUGAAAAAGCAAAGACUGCAAUUGAACAUCUUCGAGACAGAUAUCAAAAACGGCCAGGAAAUAUAUUAAGAGCUCUACUUGAACGCUUUGAGAAACAUCACAAAGAUAUCUAAGUUUUCCAUAACGUUUUCACAUCACAUUUGUGUCCAUAUACAUGUAGUAAGAAGUAUUAAUAAUUAUGUGAUUGAUGCUGCUAUUGUGUACAAGAUAACUUGGACAUAAGCCCUAUGCUCCACUAUGGGGCUAAAAGAUGAAUGAAUGUGCACACAGUUGGGGGGAUUAAUAUAGCAAUUAUUUUUAUUAUAUACAUAUUGUCAAGACCCAGGCUACAGAACACCAAUAACCAUGCGCAGAGGCCGGAUUCUAUCUAAUAUCUUUAUUAUAGGAAUAUAUAAAGUCAAUAAAAACAAGUGAAGAAUAUAGUUCAGAAGUAGAUCUUCCAGGAAAGGUCAAAUAUAGUCCAGGAAAACAAUGUCCAAUAUGUGAUAUUAGAGUCCAAAGUUAUAAUCCAAUAACCGAAACACACACUUUGCCAAGCAAUAGUGUGGGGAGAUGACAAGGUCUUUUAGUCCAUUGAAGCUUGACAACAAGGCUGGAAAACAAACUUGAUACUUGGCUAGACAAGACUUGAUACGAGGCGAACAAGAAGCAAGAAUAAGGUCCGUGGUGAGGUCCGUGGUCAAACUAGGCAGGCUUGGAACUUGGUUCGGGAAACAAGGAACUGGGGAUUACGAAGUCCACACACGAUCUCACUCCUCAAGCUGACGAGUUGACUCCGCAAGGUUUCCUUCACGGCAAAACACCUAAAUAGGGUCUCGUUUCCCGCCAGAAGAACACUUUCCCUGGAGAACUAGAAGUGAAACCCAACUCUGUCCAGAUGCAUGACUCCUUAGAAUUUCCCAAGGGAAGCAGACCUAAUCAGCUAAUUGUUUGGCUGCGAUUCUGAGGCUCCGGCGAUUCGCCUCCCUCGCUCCUCUAUCUCUAUUAUAAUUGUCCUUUCGAGAAAACGGGGGAGAAUUCUGCCCAAGGCUUGUUUGGCUGACUUCUUGAGGGCAAACAUCCUCCAGGUGCAGAGGCUCCGAUUCUGGCUGAACCGGUGAAAAACCCAUGUUUUCUUCUUCGUCUGCCACAACAGUGCUAGGAACGGGACUACAAGGCCCAUGAGACAUCACACAUAUAGAUGCUACAUGUGAAUGUGUGUAUGCAUAAUUUUAAAACAGCAGGUGUCACAAGUUUUUUUCUGAAUAUUUAUUCAUUAGUGUCAUUAACAGACAUAACUUAAUAUUAAUUAAUAAGCAAAUAAUCUUGGCUUCUGGUUUCUUCAGUUGUUAAAUAUAUCAUCCACCUAAAAAUGUUACUGAUGGAGUGUUCUCAAGAUGAGGACUAGGUCUUCCUAAUCUUAAAACCUAUUCUCAAGCAUACUGUUUGGCUUGGGACCCUUCCACACAUGACUAAAACCCAGGUUAAAAUAACCCUCUUCAGCAUGGAUUCUAGUCCCCACCCACCAAGCCAAAUCCCAGGCUUUCCCGAGAGGGAGCAGGAGCUACAUGCCUUCCCAAUUGAAAUCGGGAUGGCAUGAAAACACCCCAAAGCUCUCAAUUUCCCCUCUAAAUCUUACUAAAAAGAGUCCCUGGAUGCCAUGGAGCCUCUCUUAGCAUCCUCCUGGAGUGGGAAAAUGAUGCCUGAGGAGAAGGGAGGGGUGAGGAAGAAAUCCCCUUCUCGCCCACCCCCCAGUCUUCCCAAACAUGGUUUUUACUGGAGGCAUCAUUAGGUAAAACUGAGACAGUAAAAACAGAGACAGGUUCUGCAUUUUGGGCCUGUUUGGAUGGACCUUUGGUUGAAGAGCUGGUUGUUUUUA